AUGCCUCAAACUAACUUUCUUGUUUCCAGGUGGUUGGACAAGCUUGCUAUCAAGUGCACAGAACUUGUGGAUUCUAGACGUCCGAAUGUCGAGCGCUUUGGCGUGAGACAAAAGGAAUUGGAAACAGAGUUUGAUAGAUUAAGUCGACUAGCCGAAGAACGACGUCGUGCUCUCGAGGAUACUGUACAUCUGUUUGAAUACAUGCGAGAAAGCGCCGAUCUUGAGCAGUGGAUCAACGAGCAGCUACAAACAGCAAUGAGCGAAGAAUAUGGAGAUGAUUAUGAGCACUUCAAAGAGCUCCAAUCUCGUUUCGAGGAGUUCAAGCAAAGCGUGAGAACUGGUAGUGAACGAUUUGUGUCAUGUGAAGCAGCCGCAAACGCACUGCUGAGGAGAAAUCCCCCAUUCGGACGAGAUAUCUUGAAGAAGCAAGAGAAGUUGCGAUCGGUCUGGACUUUGCUUUUGGACUAUAUUGAGUCGAGAGAGUCAAAAUUAGCUGCUGCUGAAGAACUGCACAGAUUCAACCAAGAUGUUUUGGAGCAUGAAGAGUGGGUCCAUGACAAGAGAUCGAAUAUGUCGAAGGAUAUGGGAAGGAAUAUACAACAGGCCAAGUCGCUGAGUCAAAAACACGAGACGCUCGAAAAGGAAGUUGCAGGGAUGGAGCCACGGUUACAGGUGAGGUGUCGUAUGAUUCAAAAUAAAAUGACCGUUUUACGCUAA